UUACAGCUUUUCAUGACGCCAGUGCUAUUUUUAGUUACUCUGAGUCACGAGAUAUAAGGCUGAACGUUUAGUUGGGUGUUCACAAGUUGUUGAGACUUCGAGCUGUGCGGAUUGUCGCACGAUUUAAAUGGGAAGAGAAACAAAAAAAAAAAAGUAAACUCAAAAUUACUCAACAAUAUAGUGAACUGAGUCAUUGUUUUGUGUUGACAAUCGAGAUUUUGAAUUUAAAAACAAAAAAUUGGAAUAUUUACUGUUAAAUAACAGUGCGCAGCUGGUGUGCAAAAAAAGUUGUUUUUUUUUAUUCUCAGUGGAGUGAAGUUAGUUACAGUUUGCCAACCUCGUGGUGCUUGUGUGUUGCCUCGUGCUCUAAUCGGCACCGGGGCGAAUUGAAAAAAAAAACAAUCAGAACAGAAACUAUUAUGUAAUAGUGUAAAAAAAACUAUUUUUCCCUCUCUUAAAAGUGAAAAAAAAACAAAAUUAAUUCGAUGGUGCGUAGUCUGACGAUGGAGCCGACCUUCUAUGAAGACGCUGAUAUUUAUGACAAUAAUACAAAUCGUGAGAAUCUCAAGAGAAAUCUCACCCUGGACCUAAACGGUCAUCAUCGUCAGGGACCCCAGGUUAAAAGGCCCCGUUUGGGACCACUGGGACCUGCUCUACAUAAUAUGGCGCCACUUCUAAGUUCACCUGAUCUCAAUAUGUUAAAAUUGGGUUCACCUGAAUUGGAAAAAUUAAUAAUUGCCCAACAAGAUGGACUUGUUACAACAAUGCCAACGCCAACAACACAAAUAUUAUUUCCAAAAACAGUUACCGAAGCACAAGAACUUUAUGCUCGUGGUUUUGUUGAUGCACUAAAUGAAUUACAUCAUUCGGAUAGUUCACAAGAACCGGGUAGUAUUCAUGGUGCAACAUACACUACACUUGAACCACCUGGUAGUGUUCAAAGUACCGAUACAACAAUAAGUCAAAGUUUAUUUCAUCUCAAGGAGGAACCACAAACAGUGCCAAGUGUAACGAGUUCACCUCCAAUGUCACCAAUUGAUAUGGAGAAUCAGGAGAAAAUUAAAUUAGAAAGAAAACGACAGAGAAAUCGUGUUGCAGCAUCAAAAUGUCGAAGACGUAAACUCGAAAGAAUAUCAAGGCUCGAGGAUAAGGUUAAAUUGCUCAAGGGCGAAAAUACCGAACUCAGUGCAAUGGUACAUAGGCUUAAGGAGCACGUGUGUCGUCUUAAGGAACAGGUCAUGGACCACGUGCACUCUGGAUGUCAAAUAAUGCAAAAUGUGCCUGGACAAUUUUAAAAAAAUUUUGUUUAAAAAAAAUCCAGGAAAAAGUGUUGCCCCCCUCGUGAUUUUUUUAUUUACCAAAAUUUUUCAAAAACAUUUGUAUUUUUCGAACACACACAGUGGAUUCAAAAUUUUGUUGUUUUUUCCAAAAAAAAGUACUCAAAUUGGUGAUUGAAUUUGAAAAAAAAAGUGAAGUGCAAAAAUGAGGACUACGUGACUUUUUUUUGUUGUGGCAGACGUGGCCGUUGUGACGUCGAAGGCCAAUAUGAGAAAAACGUGUGUGUGGCGGCCAUUUUGGAGAACGGACGAGUUUUGUGGGAGAUUUAAAACUCGUGCGGUGCUGCAAAAACUCUGGAAUACGUUCCAGAAUUAAAUAUUAAUUUUUUUUUUUUUUUGGUAAUACGAAAAAUAGGAAGUUGGACUUUUUUGAAGAAAUUCUUCUUCUUCUUCCGUCAUUCUCAACGCAAAACUCCCGUUUCGUCAUUUGUGCAUCUAGUCUUGUCCAGUAUGAUGUUUCUACAUUAUCAAAACUUAAUUGAUCGUGCGUGGAUCUAAUUAUACGGGGUAAAAAAAUUCAAUUUUUUUUACAUUAAAAUCGUAAAAAACAUUUUUUAAACUGCCUUUUUUAAAAUUAAAUUCGUCAAAAAAAAAACCAAUCUAUUUUUCAGUGUGCAAAAAAAUUUAUUUUCCAAAUUAGGCAGCAAAUACAAAAAAAAAAACAUUGGAUUUUUUUAUCGUGUAUUGGCAAUUUUGUAAAUAAGGCGAAAAAUAAGGUAGAUAUAUACAGUACUUGCAAAAAAAAAAAAUCGUGUUUUCCAAUAUUGCAAAUUAUUUUUUUUAUUAACUUUUACUAAAAAAAAAAAAACCCCCUAGUACUGCAAAAUCUAUCUCAUUUUGUAUGGUUAAGGUUUUCAGAAUCAAAAAUAUGUUAAAUAAAAUUAUUUAACAUUUAUUUAUUUAGCAAAAUUUUAUUUACUUAUUAAGUAAAUAAAUAAUGAAUUUAUUUACUAAAAAAAAAAUUAGUGGACAA